GCUAUGAAUAUUGUUGUACAAGUCUUUUUCCUUAUCUCUUUGGGGUACAAACCCAGCAUUGCUAUAGCUGGAUCAGACAGUCUUUUAGUGCCCUUUGGGCAUAGUUCCAAAUUGUCCUCCAGAAUGGUUGGAUCAAUUUACAACUCUACCAGCAGUGCAUUAAUGUCCUGACUUUGCCACAUCCCCUCCAGCAUCCAUUACUUUCCUUUGCUGUCAUAUUUGGUUGGUUCCUUUCCAAUCUAGAAUGAUUUGGCCCCUGUUCUUGGAGGUAUUUACUGGCUUACCCAACCCCUCUCCUGUCCCUUAGCACCCAUUUCUCUUGCAUAGUGGAAAUAGUGGAAACUCAACCAGCAUGUCAGACAUUGAUGACACAAAGAAAACAAGAUGGGGAUUUCUGUUCUCCAGGGUUGGGGGAGAUAUAUACCCAUAUGUACAUGACAAAGGAAUUUGAAGAGGGAGGGAGAGCUGACAGCUGAAGGGACUGGGUAAGGGACACCUGACCUGAGGCUCCAAGCAGUGGUGAGGAGGGGGUGAAUUCAAGCCAGUAAAAAUGCCUGGGGUGGGUGUGGGUCAAAAGAUAGUUUAAAAAGCCCCCAACACCUUACCUACUGUCUUAGAAUUGAUACUAAGUAUGGAAGAUACUAAGAGCAGGAAGAGCUAGGCAACUGGGAUUAAGUGACUUGCCCAGGAUCAUACAGCCAGGAAAAGUCUGAGGUCAUAUUUGACUUAGGACCUCCUGUCUCCAGGCUUGGCUUUCUAUCCACUGAGCCACCCAGCUGUCCCCAAAAUGUAGUUUUUGAAGGGGAGACCUGUGAGGCAGUGUGGUACAGUGGCUAGAGAGCCAGCUUUGAUCUCUGGAAAACUGACUAACCCAGGAUCACACAGCCACUAUGGAUCUCAGUAUCACUUAUGUCUUCCUGAACCCGAGGGCCUGAACUGGAAGCCAGCUUUCUUGUAAUAUUACUCAUCUGCUUCAUCUCUGGGGGAUAAUAAUCUCGCCAUAAAAUCUUAGUAUUAGUCAUAAAAGGUUAGAACUGGAAGGCAUCUUGGGAGCUUUUACAGAUGAGGUUCUGAAAAGGAAAGGGUCUUGUGAGGGGAAGAGGGGGACACAGCCAGUGUCAUUUAGGCAAUAUUUUUGCUCCUGGACUUGGGGUCAGGAAGAUGUGAGUUCAAAUUCUGCCUCAGACAUUUACUAAGAGUGAUGUGACUGUUGAAGUUAGUUAUCCUCUCUGUGAUUCAGUUUCCUCAUCUGUCAAAUGUGGGGAAUACAACUUGUCCUCUUUAACUUCAAAAAAGAAGUGAUUUGAAGUUCAGAUGAUAGUUCACAAGUUAGCUUGUGGAAAGCCCUCUAAUUUCCUUCAAAGCUUCCAUCUCCGAUGUUUGCCUUCAUGCAGGUGGUCCUCUAUUCCUGAGAUGCCCUCCUGCCUAGCUCGAACUCUUCUUGGGUCUGCUUUCCUUCAAGGUUCAGGUCAAACAUUGUCUUUGGCAAGAGGCCUUUUCCCAGUCCCCCUCUCCCAGCCUCAGCUAGCCUUCCUCCUCUUCCCAGACCUCAUUUUUGUUCCUUAACUCCUUAUGUGUGUACAGUUACUUUUCCCAGCAAGGCGGAAGAUCUCAGGGUGGGAGUUUUGUACUUCCAGACCUUUAGGCAAUUCUCAAACUUACUGACCUGUGCUAACAAGAGUUCAUUACACACCUACUAUGUGCCAGGCACUGUGCCAAAGCACAGAGGGGGAAAAAAAAGAACAGGUUCUUAGACUCAAGGAGAUCCCAUGUUCACAGACAUGCAAUAACUAUAGACAGACAAGCUAGAGACAGAACAAACUGGAGACCAUCUUAGGAGGAGAUCAUUUAGCCAUAGCUAGGUGGCUCAAUGGAUAGAGAGCUGGGCCUGGAGUCAGGAAGACCGGAGUUCAAACAAGCCCUCAGACAUUUCCUAGCUGUGUGACCCUGGGCAAGUCACUUUAAUCUCUGGAUGUGUGGUCCAUUGGAGAAGGAAAUAAUAAAACCAAUAGCUCCUGUCGACAUGGGCAAUUAAGAGUCAGACAGAACUGAACAACAAAUCUCAGGAGGAAGGAACUAGCAUUUGGAAUGGAGAGAGCAAAGGGGAGUUUCUUCACCCCCAAAAUCGCAAGUCCAGUCCCCAAGCCUACCAGCAAUGCUCGACACAAAGUAGGCCCUUUAUCAAUAUUUGUUGAUUGACAAGGUCAAUGACUUCACCAUUUUGCCUGGGAUAAGCUUCCCCCUCCCACGGUCAACCUUCCCAUUGAGGAGAGGGCGCCCUCUCCAGGACUGGGGAAGAGACCCCCAGGCGCUCUCCCGAGCAGUCCUAAGCUUCCAGGUCUCUUUCUUUCUCUCCCCAAGGGACAAGGCGACAAGGCGAGGGUUAAUGUAGGCUCCGCCCCCCACCGCGGCGCUGCUGCUCGGGAUCCCGCACUGGGCGCUGGCGGGGGCGGGGAAGGCCGGCGGGGGGAGAGGAGAGAAGCGGAGAGGAGACUAAAGGAAGGGAAAGGAACCCCGGGGAAGGGAGACAAGAAGGGAAGGGAGGCACGGGGAGGGGUGGGGGAGGGAAGGGAAAAAGAGGCGAGAGGAGGGGAGGGGGCGCGCGCCAGGCUCCGCGCUCUGCCCGCCCGCCUCUCCAACGCGCCUGCCUCGCAGGCUCUGGCGGCGGCGACGGGGGGCGGAGACGCGAGGAGGAGGGAGCCGGCUGGCCGCUGCAGCGGAGCGCGGGGAGAGUCAGAGGAUCAUAGGGCUGCGGCUGCAGGAGCCGGCCUGAGCGGCGCGCCCCCGUCCCCUCGCCUGGGAGAUGCCCCGGGGGCGCGGAGGGCCCGGAGACCGGCGUCGCAGUGGCCAUCCGUGCCCGCGCCCCAGCCCCUGCGCCGGCCGCCCGCGUGACCUUGGCGCAGGGCGCCGCAGCUGAACCCCCAGCCGCGAUGAGCGCGCCCCCCCGCCAGCCCGCGCUGCCUUGGCCCUGGCUGUUGCUGCUGCUGCCGCUGUUGCUCCCGGCCCCACCGUCCCGCGCCCGCGGCGACUCCGUGCCGCCCGCGCCGCCGCCGCCGCCCAGUCCCGAGCCCGAGGCGGAGCCCGGCCCCGACCCCCCGUGGUGCCCAUACAAGGUGCUGAGCGAGGGCCAGGAGGCCGGCAGCGGGCGCUUGUGCUUCCGCAGCCCGGAGCCCGAUUUCCGCUGCCAGCAGCGCCUGUGCAAGGCGUACCGCUCGGCGGGGCGCACGCUGGUGGCCAACGUGCUCCGCAACAGCAGCGUCCUGCUGCAGUGGCGCCCGCCGCCCGCCGCGCCGGCCCGCGAGCUGCGCGGCUUCGCGCUCAAUUGCUCCUGGGACGGCAGCUACACCCGCUUCCAGUGCGACCGCGUGCAGCUCGGCGCCUCCUGCCGCGACUACCUGGUCCCCGACGUGCACGACAGCGUGCGCUACCGCCUGUGCCUGCAGCCGCUGCUGCGCCGGCCUCGGCGGGAGCCUCCGCGGCCCGGUGCCCCUCCCGCACCCACGCCACCGCCACCGCCGCCGCCGCCUGCCGAAUGUGUGGAGUUCGCUGCCGAGCCGGCCGGCAUGAGGGACAUCGUCAUCGCCAUGACGGCCGUCGGGGGCUCCAUCUGCGUCAUGCUCGUGAUCAUCUGUCUCUUGGUGGCCUACAUCACCGAGAACCUCAUGCACCCCGCCUUCGGGCGUCCCAGGGGCCGCAGGCAGCCUUGAAGGCCCAGCCACCGGUCACUGCCGCUGCGCUUAGGGAGGACCGGACAGCGGCCAGCAGGGCUGGUGGCCAGAGACUGGGAUUGUAUCCGACCCCUGAAGUGGGGCCAUCAGGCCCUUCUGCUCUGCUGCCUCGGACUUCGCCCUGAGGGGCUCCCUACGGACUGGCCUGGCCCGAACCCAGACUGGGUGAUAUGGGAAGGGGGUUCCUGGAGAGUUGGGCAGGGAGAACCUGGGGCCCCAAAAUGGUGCGGGUUGCUGGGUUGCUGGGAUGGGGGAUGCGUUUGUUUGAACCUGAAUCAAACCCUUCUUCCCUCCCCCAGAUCCUUCUGGUCCCCCCUACCUGCCUACCUGGGCCCUUCCUUUGGUCUCCGACCCAGCCCUCUCCACUCCGGUCUCCAGUAGUGGGGCCAGUGCAUUGGAAGGUGGGGUGCAGACUGCUCAGGGACCUAGAUGGGAAGUCUGAAGAGGCAAGCCCCUGUCCUCCCCCUUCUGGGCGCUCCCCCAGCUCCAAGUGUCGCCAGGCGAGGGGACCCCGGGCAGGGGGGAGCGUCUGAGCAGGGGUUCAAAAAGCCAAUCCUUUCCUAUCAGUGUUCAGUGGUUUUGACUACAUUUCAAGCCCUGAGCGCAGCUUCCAGGGCAGUAUUUGGAAUGGAGGGGAACCUGACCCUCAGAAGGAGGAAGAGGGCCCUCCGUGCCUCCCUGGGAUUUGGCAAAGUUCGAGGCCAAAUGAGAGGACUUGGUUUACAGUCAGGCGUGUGAGUGGGGCCCCAGGGGACCUAGGCUAGUUAGCACCAGCACACAGCCCUUCAGAUUCAGCUCUAGAGAUGAGACUUGUCUUUUCCCUCUGAGGCCAUCUCCUCUCCUCUCCUCUCCUCUCCUCUCCUCUCCUCUCCUCUCCUCUCCUCUCCUCUCCUCUCCUCUCCUCUCCUCUCCUCUCCCCAUUCACAAAUACAUUAGAAAUACCCCUUCUGAGCUGCUGCAGAUCCCUCUUCCCUUCUCAAAUGGCCACUUCUCUGAAGGCUCCUGGCCAUCCCCUACUCCACUGGCUCCCACGCACUCUGCCAGGCAAUGCCUCAGGAGGUCCCUCAGUGAGCCUUUGAGAUUCCCAAACCCAAAUUUAUUUGAAUUUUUAAAAUUAAAGCAGUGCCAUCUGUGGGGGAGAGAAAAUUUCCAUCCCCUACAGGGUGGGGGCAGUUAGCCAUUAGCCGGACUGCAGUGAAUAGGAAAAGAUUCCUCUCCCGCCUUCUGUGCUGAGUGUGCUUCUGGGUGGGUUUUCUCUGCUUAGAGGGCCUGUGAGAUAGCCUCCUCGGAGUUCACCCUUGGGCCAAGACUGGCUCGCCAAACCUGAAAUUGCUUCCCAGGAGCAGCUGAAAGGUUGGUUUGAGUGUGUUCUGAGAGUGAGAUGGGCAGGUGCUUCCUCCCCUCUGGUGGACCUUAAGAAGGGUUUUGAGUGGAGAGAUGCCGUAUGACCCACCCAGCUGGUUCUUGUCUACUCUCAUUAUAGAUGAUUGAGCCCAAGAGCCACAACGCAGGAAGGAGGGGCUCACACCAAGUGCCUGUGUGACCAACUUCUUGUUUGCUGGGGGAAAGCAGGCCAAGGGGGUGGGAGAGUGGACUGAAGGGCUUCCUUGCCCAGGAGAAGGGAAUGGGGGGAGGAGGAGGCUGUUCUGAUUUCCUUCUCUGUACUCCAAUCCCCAUGGAAGCUUCCCUGAUGAAGACCAGUGGCUUACCUACAUAACCCCAGCCUUGCCCCAUGGGGCCCUAGAGGAGGCUCCUCAGCCCAGCCUUUGCCCUCUCCUCACUCAUCCACACCCAGCCUGUAGCGAGCUUGAGCUCUUAGCUGCAUCACUCCAAUACCUACUAUCUCGUGCCUUAGUGUGGAAAGUUUACCCCGUGGAGACCCGCCCAUCCAUCCUUGUUAGAGCUGUGUCCAUCCAUGCUAGGAGCUGUGUUCACUUGUGUUAGGAGCCAGUUAACCCUGAUGGCUUUCGCUUUGGACUAGACUAAGGUAAAGAAAAACAGAUCUGGAGCUGUAGAAUCGGGGUUCAAAUCCCUUGCCUGCUCCUUGUUGAGUGACUUUGGGCUGGAGGAUACCAUUAUACCUGUCUGCUGAGAAGGACUAGGGUAGAUGAUCUCCAAGGUCCCUUCCAUCUUUGAGCCUACAGAUCUGUGAUCUAGCUGGCUCGGGCUUUCUGGGACUGGCAGGUUAUGCUCUAUGUAUGUGUCUGUGUCUUAGUCUGGUUGUUGCAUGUCCCUCCUUCCUCACCUUGCCCCCUUUCCCCAGUCCAAUCUUGCCUGGUAGGAUUGUGAACACUCCCUUGUGGUCCUGUUUGCCCAAACCCAUACUAACUACACUGUGCUUCUCUUCCUUCCGCCCUUGUCCCUGCUCUCCCAGCCCCCAUCCCUUGGAAGUGUGAUGCCUGACCUCCUGGGCUAAACUUGCUUCUGGAUAAAUUCUCCUCGGAGGUUUGAGGGUGUGUGGAGAGAGGCGGAUGGCUUCAUUCUCUGUGGUUUGGUGUUUUUCCCUUGCUGGGAGGAUCUUGUUACUGCUAUUUCCCAGCUAGGGAUUGGGGCUGGUUGCUAGGGAGGGAGUCCUCAGCUCUCCUGGAGCAAGGCCAACUGAUCAUCUGGACAAUGCUGGGGUGACUUGAGAUCCAAAGGACAGACCGAAGGAAAAGCCCCAUCUGGAUUCUGAGGAAGAGUUGGGUCCCACAUGGCUACGAGUUAGGAGUAGCUUUAAGUAACUAUAUGGCUGUAGCCAGCGUGACCACUGGUUGGGCUUAAGAGCUCCAUUUGGAGGCUCAGCUAGUAGACUAUGGCUGGACAUUGAGACCCAAAGCACCUGCCCAUGAUUCAGUGGGGCUUGGACCACUGAGGUUUGGGAAUUGUCCAAGAAGUCAGCUGGGCCCUUGAGCGCCAGGAUCACAAGUGAGCCAGGGGCUUCCAUUCUCCACAGUUGCUUCCAGGGCAAAGAGGGACCCAGGAGGACUGUAGGUCAUAGAGGAGUGGAAGAAAAACAUUUCUGAGAAAGUAAUUCUCUUAUCUUUGGGGAGGGAGGAGCUGUGGAGAUCCUGGCAUCUUCUCUGGGGUCCCUCAGGAUCUAAGACCUUGACCCUGGACCCAGCUCUCAUGGGAAGCGUCUCAUCUAUCCUGAGCUGCCCAGUGCCCCAUCCAACAGCUUGGUCUAAGCACCAAGGCUUGAGAGGGAUUGGUCACCAGGUCAAAAGUCAUUGUUUAUUGACCUGUCUACCCUCACUCCCUCUUUCCUCCUUUGAAGGAGAGGGGAGGAAGGCAGAAGACUUCAGCCUCCUCCUUUCCUGGAGAUUCACUCCCUACCUCUUCCUUGCCGGCUGCUUUGCCACCCCAGAAGUGGCCUCAUUGUGUAUUUGUGUAAUGUUUGUUAUUGGAAAUGAUCUUUGUUUUCCUGUCUGGGUAGACUGAAUGAAAUAUUACUGUGUAAAUAUUGGGGGGUGGGGUACUUAUUUAUUAGGGGAUGGUACAUUUGGGUUGGUUUGAGAGGACAAUUCAGCCCGAGAGGACUCCUCUUUCUCCUAGCUUUCUCUUAGAUGUUCUGUGCCUCAGCCUUCCCCAUCUGUGAAAUGGGACUACUUGCCCUCCAGGGGAAUUGUUAAUGGGGAAUGUGAAUAAGGAUAGCUCCUUGCCUCCCCACUCUUGCUCCCCCCAAGGGUACCCAUCAGUCACCUUGGUAUUGGAGUUUACCCCCACUCCUGCUUUGCACUGUGUCCAUAUGUCCAGCCUGUCUAAUGUCCAAGUUUAAUUGCAGCCCCCUGAUGGGGGAGUUGGGAGGAAUGUGACCUCUUGGGUGUGGUCUCCCUUCUCUGUGGACCAGGAGGCCUCUCUGGGUUUGCUGGGAGGGGGAAGGGAAGUCAGAGGUCCGCUGCUCCUGUCCACAUUGAGCCAGCCUGCAAAUAAACUCCUGUUCUCAGCUCUGA